CUGGUAAAGUAUAGGCAUGAGGAAAGCUCAGAUUGUUGCCCCCCAAACCCCCCUGGAACUCUGCGAGGAUGCGAUACCCACCCCACCACCUAAAGGGGCGAUCAUUAAGACGCUCUACAGCGGAAUCUGUCAUUCCGAUAUUAACCAGUGGUUCAACGAGAUAAACCAGGGCGAUAAGAAGACACAUUUCACCGACAACCCCAAGUAUAAGUUCCCCAUCGUGCCAGGACAUGAGAUAGCGGGUGUGGUGCAUUCACUGGGAAGUGAGGUGGAUCCAGACGCUGAAGACCUAAAAGUUGGAGAUGAGGUUGUAGCCCACCCCUGGAUCUCCUGUGGCAGUUGUCGCUUUUGCUAUGAAAACGAAAACUCGCUUUGCGAUCAACGCCAUAAUGGACUCGGUGUCGGAACUCCUGGAGGAUAUGCAACAUACGUUUGGGUUCGUGAGAAAAAAUAUUUAGUCAAAGUUCCCCCAUCUAUUCCCCUUGAAGUUGCGUGUAUGUUACCAUGCAGUGGUCUCACUACAUAUAAUGCUGUUACUACAUUGCAACCUGCUAUUGAACGGAUGAACAAACUUAAAGGGUCUACAUCAGUGUUAUUGGUGGGGGCGGGUGGGUUGGGUUUAUGGUGUUUACAAUUAGCCAAGAAGAUUUUACCGAAAACAACCAGAAUAGUGAUGGCUGAUAUCAAUGAAAAGAACCUUAAGGUGGCGUUAGAGAGAGGAGCUGACGGAACCGUGCUAUGGGAUAGAAAUCUUAGUGAAGCAGAAGCCAUAGAAAUAACAAAGAAGGCUGGUACCGAUGGAGGGUUCGACGGAGUAAUCGACAUGGUGAACUCAAAGAUCACGGCAGAACGUGGAUUCAAGUCGACACACAGGGGUAGCAAGAUGGUGUUGGUUGGUUUGUACGGAGGAGGGGCUACAUUUGCAUUGCCGGGGUUCGUUCAUGGGUUGCGGACGGUGCAGGGGGUUCUUGUCGGAAGGCUUGCCCAGUUGAGGGAGCUAGUGGCACUCGUUGCUGAAGAAAAACUUGUCCCUCCUCCCUUGACAUUCUACUCGCUUGACGAUGCGUUCAACGCUAUGUGUUUGGUGAGGGAUGGCAAAGUACAAGGAAGAUGCGUCAUCAAGUUCUAACUUUGUCCACAGCCAAAACCAUAACCCAUAAUUCCGUCAACUUAAAUAAUUUACUUUCAAAAUACAGCAAUAUGCUCGGGGUUUAUUAGUUGUAUAAAUACAAUACUUGGUGAGAUGGAAAAGCUAGGAGGAAACUUUGGCAAUGGAAGGCUUAACUUAGUAAAAAUUAAACAUGAAUUAGACAAUAUACAAGUAAAUACUUUCAGGGAAAGUCUUGUCAAAUGGCAGAUAAAAUGCAAAUAUAAUAAACAAUGUUAAGGUUUAUUGUCAGAAAAGCAAUUUACUUAAAUAUAUAUUAAGUUAUGCCUGGUAGCGGCAACAGCAGGAUAUAAUACAUGAAUAUAUGUACGUGCUUCUACUACCACAAUUUGCAUAACAAGGCAGUUUAUGCAGUUCAAAGUAAAAUGCUAAAAAUAUUAAUG